CCAAAAGAGGUGUACAAGGAAAAAAAAGAAAAAAAGGGACGCUGCAUAAAUAUCUCUUCUCGGAAGUAUUACAACAUACACCUUCCAUCCCCCUCUCUCUCUCACGACUCCGAGCUCACUCCAAGCCAUGGCCUCUUCGUGGUCGCUCUCCUCCUUCGUCUCCCCCCGUCUCUUCCUCACUUCGGGCGGCGAGCCAAGAACAAGAGAAGCUGACGGCUUCUUUCGGGUGCCGUGCUGUGCCCUCGGCUCCCGGCCGAGGAAGGCCGGCGCUUCGAGCCGCUCUCCCUCCAACACCUCGUCCGCCGCGGCCGGCAGGGCCGCUGUCAAGGCGGCGCCACCCCCGAAGAAGCGGCACUGGAAGGAGGGGGAGUUCCCGGGGGUCUCGGAGGCCGCGGUCUCCAAGCCUCCCAGGACUCCCAUCAAGAACGUCAAGAAGAAAGUCGAUGACCGUGCGGCCGCCAAGGCCUGGGUGAGCACCGUCACGGAGGCCCUCGCCGAGAAGAUCCAGAAGAAGCAGUGGCAGGAGGCCCUCGAGGUGUUUGAGAUGCUCAAAGAACAACCCUUUUAUCACCCAAAAGAAGGCACAUAUAUGAAACUCCUGGUCUUGCUUGGAAAAUCAGGUCAAGCCUACCGAGCACAGGAACUCUUUGACAGUAUGGUGGAAGAGGGAUUGGAACCCACUUCUGAACUUUACACAGCAUUGCUAGCAGCUUACGGUAGGGGCGACCUUCUUGAUGAAGCAUUUUCAGUCCUCAACAAAAUGAAGACCUUGCCCCUUUGUCAACCAGAUGCCUAUACAUACAGCACUCUGAUAAAAGCAUGUGUGGAAGCCUCCCGAUUUGAACUGGUUGAUUCCUUGUAUCAAGACAUGUCCGACCGCUCUAUAACCCCAAACACAGUCACACAGAACAUAGUUCUUAGUGGUUAUGGAAAAGCUGGAAAAUUCGAUGAGAUGGAGGAAGUUCUUUCUGGGAUGCUUGAGAGUACUACUUGCAAACCAGAUGUCUGGACUAUGAAUAUCAUUUUAAGCUUAUUUGGCAACAGAGGUGAGGUAGAUCUAAUGGAAAAAUGGUAUGAGAGAUUCCGUGGGUUUGGAAUUGAACCAGAAACACGCACUUUUAACAUUCUGAUUGGUGCCUAUGGAAAGAGACGAAUGUAUGACAAAAUGACAUCAGUGAUGGAGUACAUGCGGAGGUUAGCAUUUCCAUGGACUACCUCUACUUAUAAUAAUGUGAUCGAGGCUUUUGCAGAUGUAGGGGAUGCAAAAAAUAUGGAGCAUGCAUUCAAUCAGAUGCGUGCUGAGGGGAUGAAAGCUGAUAACAAGACGUUCUGUUGUCUGAUUAAAGGGUUCAGUAAUGCAGGUCUCUUUCAUAAGGUAGUGAGCAGCAUUCAGCUAGCUGAAAGGUUCGAGAUACCAGCUAACUCCUCGUUCUAUAAUGCUGUGAUAUCUGCGUGUGCAAAGGCAGGAGAUCUGAUGGAGAUGGAGAGGGUGUUUGAGCGUAUGAAGGAUAGGCACUGUGCUCCAAAUUCCACAACCUAUUCUAUCUUGGUGGAUGCAUAUAGGAAGGAAGGAAUGACCGACAAGAUUUAUGAUUUGGAACAGGAGAAUCCAAAGAUGUUUGGGGUUGAUGUUUUAGCUAAAUGAAGGUGCUUUGUGCUGCAACCUUGAGGUCAAGGAUUGAACCAAACCUUAAGCUUUCGGGAAUGGCAGAAAGGUAUGAUGCUUCUACUGGAAACUUGGGACUGGUAUAACAAAGAAUGCAGAAUGCCAUCUUGAUCCCCUGCUUUAACUCCAAGGACUUGCUCAUAUCGGGUUGAGCCUCCUUUAUCAAUGCUAGCAGCUGCAGGGCCAAAUGAAAGAUCAAGAGGAUGACAUAAUUCGGUAUUCCACUUCAGAGAUUUAAGACCUUCCUGUCACUGCCCUUUGAUUUUUUACAAUAUAUGCAUGUAAAGAAUUAUGGAUAUUUGUUGGGCAAAAUUUUGUUUGUGUUGAUUAGUUUUGCUCUUAUUUCCUUUUCUGUUAUGCCAAUUCUUUCAGCUGUCCCUUUAUUUUUUUUCUUUUUCCAGCAGAAGGUUAUUUAGUAAUUUGUAUUGGAGACUGAUGCAAAUUCUUGUAGUCUUAUAGAUUCAGGACAUGGGAUGCCUCUAUGUUUAUAGCAAAGACCUUGAAGUGUCUUCCAUCUAUUCAGACUACAACUUUGCUAAUAAUGAAGUUGAUGUACUUUUAUA